AUGGAAGGAAAUGUAGUUGGUAUAAUUGGCUAUGGGAACUUUGGAAAAGCACUGGCCUAUUGCUUGAGAAAACAAGAAAUUGAGUUUUACGUAGGGGUGAGAAACAUCGAUUGCACGGUUCUCGAAGAGGAUGUUCUGAGUGAGUAUUUGGACUUGAAUGAAGUCGGCGUAAAGGCUGAUAUCAUAGUCUUGGGUGUACCAGGUCAUUGCUACGAUUCUUUUUCUCGAGACUUCAUUUGUUCACUCGAUGGAAAGAUUGUUGUGGAUGUGAGCAAUGCUACUUCCAUUUCAGACCCUUGCUAUGCCGAGAAAUUAGCUGAUAUGUUACCGAGAUCUGCCGUCGUCAAGGCAUUUAACACAUUGUCAAGUUGGUCUUUGCAGUAUAAUAUCUACGGAGCAAGUCGCAAGACAUUCGUUUGUGGUGACAACAAAGAAGCUUGUUGUGCUGUCUCGCAGCUUGCUAGAGACAUUGGACUUACUCCACAAGAUGUAGGCGACUUGAGUGCUGCAAAGUUGCUAGAGAAGAAAGCUCUAAAAUCGUUUCCUGAAUGGAAAUUUGCGUUUAUCUUGACUGUCAUUUCACUUCUCGUGACGACAGCAUACUUCUAUUUACGCUAUGCAAUAUACGUUGAUUUUUCCAAACUUGGACUUUAUGUUUGUAUGCCCAUUGCAAAUGGAGUCACAGGUUGCAUGGUGCUAUUGCUUCUCGCAUUUGUCUAUCUGCCGGGGUCCUUAGUUGGGAUUCUGCAAAUAACUAAAAGCUCUCGUUACCAUAUGCUCCCGAACUGGUUAGACAGGUGGAUGAGGGCCAGAAAACAAAUAGGCCUAUUUGCUUUGCUAUUCGCUUCAGUUCAUGCUUGCCUUUCACUCAUUCUGCUGUCUGGUGAAUAUUAUUCAGGCAUGUUUGAGAGGCACAAAAUCAAAGGUAUAAGCCAAUUCUUGUACCAUAGAUUCCGAUGGAAUGCUGAAGUGUCUUUACUGUGUGCUACUCUGUCCUUGACAGUUUUGACAAUCCAGGGAGUAUCUUCACUGCCAACUGUCAGUCAAUCAAUGUCAUGGCGAGAGUGGGAUUUUAUCCAAUCCAAGCUUGGAUUCGCAGGCCUGCUGUUUGGCUUUCUUCACGUCAUCUUUUAUGCUGGAAAAGUCAUGUCUAUACGAAGCAUCCGAAGAUGGAAAUAUGGAAUACCGCAUCAGCUGUUUUUGCUCCUCAUUUUUAUUAUAGUUGUCAUGGCUAUCAAGCUUUUCCUGUGCAUGCCUGGAAUCCGGGGCAGAAUAAAGAAAGUCAACUCGGGUUGUGAGAGUGGAGAAACUGAGAAGCCACGGCUCGAGGAAGAAACAAAUUAUCUUAUCUGAGAAUAAACAUCUAAAAAACUGAUGUGAAACGUUUUGCGACCUUUACAAAUGGAAGUGCCUAAAUACAAGAAACUGCUGACGUACCCCAACCUCGCUCUGAUGUUUUCAUUAAUGUUUAAAGAACAACUACACAGGGAAUCUAGUAAACGUUUCAAUUCUGUCAUGCCGUUUGCCUUGUCAAAGGAAAUGUAUUUCAGUAAACAAAAGGUUUAUGUGAUCUUUCUAACAAAUAUUGUUUCUAGAGCUAAGGCUACAAUCUAAUUACCAGUCUGUUAGAAUGGAAAAUUUAGGCAUUAGCACCUUAGAAUGAUUUUUUGUAAACAAGUAGUUUUCAAUGAGUGCAAAGACGGUGCAUCUUGUUGGACAAAAAUGGCCGGGUGACAGAAUAGCUUUCGUGGCCAUCAAAUCACAUCUCUCUGGUCUUUUUUGUCUACCCGUGUUUUUAUUCUUAGAAGCUCAUAUCGAAUUUUCCGUUCUAUCAAUGCUUUCAGAAAUUACUCCAAGCUUUGUAAAAACAUGAAAAGUGUCUACGUUUCCUCAACUUAGAAACCUUAGCUCACUCAAAUUUGUAUUAAAAGCUUCCAGUUUAAAACGAGUAUUUAACUGUUUGUAUUUCAUUAGAUUUUUUAUUUAACUGUUAUAUUAUGUAAAGUUUUGCUUCAUUAUGUUGUAUACAUCACAAAGGGUAGAACUCACAUAAAAGACGUGACAAUUUCUUACAUUCUUUUAUCUUUUUCUUGACCAUGAUAAAAUAAUGUUGUUUUCUGCCUAUAAAUCGACUCUACUAGGUUUCUUAAACACCUUCAAUUAAAGUGUACAGACUGUUCAAAUGCUAUUGUACUGGAAUAUUUUAAAUUCGCUUAUAGAUACAUUGCCAUAAAAGUUUAUCUUGUUUAUAAA